AUGAAUUAUUAAAUACUGUUUUAUACUCAAAUCAUACAAAACAUUUGGUGGAUAAUAUGUUCAUGGAUAUUUUAUGAACCCUAUGAAUAUUACCUUUUUAUUCUAUCUGUAAGUAGUAUUGUUAUACGGAUUACUAUAAUAAUUUUAGAAAGGAAAAUUACACAUAUAUUUAUUUUAGCAAUCUUAUAUUUACUUCAAAAUUGCUUAUACAUGGAAGCAAGCAUACGAAUGCCUAUGAAUAAUCCUUUUACAAACCAUUCAAAUUCUUUAAUGAUCAUAAUCAACUAUUAAAAUGCUAACAAAGAAUCUAAAGAAAAUAUUUAAAUAAUAUCAAAGUUUGGGUUCCCCAUAUUUUGUUUACUUAGAACAAUCUCAAUUACCUUUAUUCAAGCCAAUUAUUCAAUUCUAGAAAGUUGUAUAUUGAUAUUCAUUUUUCUAAGUCUAAUAGCAAAGGAUGAAUUAAAAAAAAAAAAAGAAGCAAUUCAAAACUCAGUAAAAGACUUAGGGUCCUAAGAUUAGCAUAAUUUUAAUUAAAAAUUUAUAACUUUCUUCUAAUAAGACUCUAAAAAAUAAUCAUUAGGAGCUUCCUUUAAGAAAAGUAGAACUCAUUAUUCAUAAUACUAAGAGAAACCAGAUAUAUUCCAAAAUAUUCCCUUAUAUAAUGAACCAAAAACAAUGGAUGAAAAUAUCAAGACUUCCUUACAAUUUCAGAAUUUAAAAAAAAGUUUUAACAAAAAGGUUUCAACUAUAAGUGCUGAUAAAUCAGAUCAAUAGUUACAUACAUUCUUUUAGAAUAUUAUUAAUAAUAUUUUUUCUGCAGGAGUAGUGAUACUUAAUCAAAAUUAAAAAGUAACUUUUAUGAACAAUAAAUGUGAGAAACUUCUAGGACAGAAAGGAAGUGACAAAGUUGUAGAAUGUCUUAAAAAAAUUAUUAUUGCUAAUUCUUUACAUGAAAAUGAUGAUUCUCCAUUAGGAUAAAUUCCUCCUAGAUCUCAGGCUAAAAUGAAUAAAGCAACUUUUGAAAGAAUUGUUAAAUAUCAUAAUGAGAAUUUAAUGGAAUUAGAUAUUUUUGAUGCUUUUCUAUUUCCACAAAAAUAUCUACAUUAAUUCUAUCAAAAUCUAUCACCUCAUUCUGAAUUUGAUUAAAGAAGCAGUCUAUCAGAAUCUAUAAAUGAAACCUUUCUUUAAAGAAAAGAUGCUGUAACUUAUGAACACAUAAUGAGUGAAGGUGGUAUUUUAAAGAAAUUAAGGAUUGUCAUCCUACCAACCUAUAUGACUAAUGCUCAAUAAGAAUAACUAUCAUAUCCCUCAUAUUAAAAAGUGCAUAUAAGCAAAACAGCAAUAUAAGCAGAAAGUGUAUAACCAAUUAUAGUUAUUAAGAUUAAAAAUAUUACUAAAAAACAUAAGAUUGAGUAAAUGAACAAAGAAAAGGAAAUACAUAAUUCAUUAUUAAAAUCAUUUUCACAUGAAUUAAAAACUCCUUUGAAUAGUGGUUAAGAUAUGCUUGUUAUACUUAAAGAUAGAAUUAAAGAUCCUAAACUUUUAGAAUUUGUUGAAAUAGCUCAUAUUUCAAUAAUAUUUUUAAUACAUUAAAUAAAUGAUAUAUUAGAUUAUGCUGCCAUGUAAUCAAACACAUUUAAAUAUAGAUAUGUUGAAUUUAAGUCACGUGAAAUUGUAGAUGAAAUUAAAUAUAUUUAUUCUAGUUAAUUACAUUCUAAGAAAAUUGAUUUAUAAGUUAAAUUUGAUGAAAAAAAAGUAGGAAAUAUUAGAUAAGAUAAAUAAAGAAUAAUGCAAGUCUUAAUUAAUUUAUUAAAUAAUUCUUGUAAAUUUACACCUGAAGGUGGUAAAAUUGUAUUUUCAUUGAAAUUAAUAGACUAUCCUUUUAUUAAAUUAUAAGUUAAAGAUUCUGGAAUUGGAAUUGGUUCAGAAUAAUUAUAAAAUUUAAGGAAAGUCUUAACUAGUUCUAUGGGUAAAAGUCUACAUAGAUCUAGAAUUAAAAAAAGUUUAGGUUUGGGAUUAAAUAUUUCCGCAAGAAUUGUAGAAGGUUUAAUAUAAAAGAAUGAUGGUACUUUAGAAAUUAUAUCAAAAAAUAAAAAUAAAGGAACUAAAAUAUAUUUCAUAAUUGAAAAUCUAUUAAUUUGUAGAGAUGAAUCUGUUAGAAAUCCUAUGAUCUCUGAAUAUACAACUAAAAAUAAUACUUAUAAAUAAUAAAUGUCAUAAUAUGAGGGUAGCAAUUUUAGUUAGGUUUUACCACUUUUGAGAUAAUUAUCUGAAAAUUCUAAAUUUGAAGCUCAAUCCCCUUCUAAAAAGAGUAAAACAACAAAAAGUAAGUUUUUUAAUUUACUACCUGGUAAUUAACCAGAAAGUUCUUUGGAUAUGGCAGAUAAUUGUUCAUAUCAAAUUGAUUUACCUUUAAGUCCUGAAUAUUUUCAAUAUAAAGAUUAAAUUUAUGUAAAAAAAAUAAAAACUCCAUAAUGUCAAUUAUGCACAAAAGUAUUGAUAGUUGAUGAUAUCCCAUUCAAUUAAAUUGCUUUAAAAGCUCUCCUUUAACAUUAUAAUAUUAAAGUAGAAUAAGCAUAUGAUGGUUAUUAAGCUAUAGAUUUAGUUAAGAAAUAAUUAGAUAAACAUUGUUAAUAUUAUACAUUAAUAUUUAUGGAUAUUGAAAUGCCAGGAAUAAAUGGUUUUUAAGCAACCAAAGAUGUAAAAUAAAAAAAUAAAAUUAGAUUCUUAAAAUAACUAUAGAUCAAACCUAAGUAAUUAUGUGUUCUGCAUAUGAUACUGAGGAAAAUUUUAGAGAAGGGGGAGCAGUUGGAAUGUCUGAUUUUCUACCAAAACCUGUGAAUUAAAAGGAAUUAGAAAGAAUAUUAGAUAAAUUUGGUUUUCUAUGA